GUCGAUCCAAUCUUCCAGCGCCGCUUCGUCUCACAUUUUGCGUCAUCACUGUGUGACCUGUUCUGACGGGCAAUGUGGCUCAGGUAACUGUUUGUGGAAGUUUCGAUAUUUUUGACUGGUCUCCUGUAACGCUGGGAGAAUGUCCAUGGAUAUGACUUUCCUCGGAACCGGGUCGGCUUAUCCGUCUCCUCACCGCGGCGCCUCGGCCGUGGUGCUGCGGACGGACGGGGAGUGCUGGCUGUUUGACUGCGGAGAGGGAACCCAGACCCAACUGAUGAAGAGCCAGCUCAGAGCAGGGCGCAUCACUAAGGUUUUCAUCUCCCACCUGCAUGGCGAUCACCUGUUCGGGUUGCCUGGUCUCCUCUGCACCGUGAGCCUCAACACCAACCCCGACAUGGAGCAGAGCCUGAAAUGUGUGGACAUCUACGGGCCCCGGGGCCUCAGGAAGUUUCUCAGAGUGACUCUUGGCCUCACAGGAUCACAGCUGCUCUUCCCAUAUGCAGUGCAUGAGCUGGAGUCCACGCCAGACCAGAGUCCAGAAGAGGGACAGCUGAGUCUGGAGAUGACUGUGAACUGCAGUCCUCCCCAUCCACAGGAGCAGCCUGGCAGGACGAUUCCUCUGGACGUUUCCAGCGACUGUUACCUCCUUUUCCAAGACAACAAGUUUGUUGUCAAGGCCUUCAGGCUGUUUCACCGCAUCCCUUCCUUUGGCUUCUGCAUCCAGGAACAUGAUCGUCCCGGAAAACUGAAAAAAGAACUACUGAAGGAGCUCGGUCUUAAACCAGGCCCUCUGUACGGCCGUCUCAAAGCUGGCGAGUCUCUGCUUCUUGACAGCGGACGCUUACUGCAUCCCAGUGAGGUUCUGGAAGCAGAUAUUCCCGGGAGGAAAGUCUGUGUGUUUGGAGACUGCAGCUCGGUGCUCGGUGAAGGAGCUUUCCGUCUGUGUGACAGGGCGGACCUUCUGGUCCACGAGGCCACCCUUGGGAACGAGCACCGGGAGAAAGCUGUGGACCACGGACACAGCACGCCUGAGAUGGCAGCGGCCGUGGCUCGGACUUGCUCUGCACGGAGGCUGGUCCUUUAUCAUUUCAGUCAGCGCUACAAACCCAGUUCCCUACAGAAGGAGGGAGACAAGGACGUCUCAGAGCUCAAGAAGCAAGCUGACCAGGCUUUACAGGACAGUGGGGUAGAGGUGAUUCUGGCAGAGGACUUUAUGACUAUCCCCAUUCCUCUCAAAAGACAACCGUCCAGUUAAGGUUUGAUGCAAGUGGAUAUGAUUAAUCUAACGUGUGUAAUUUAGUUCCCAAGAUGACGUAUAACUGACUUUCAUUUCCUUGUUCACUCUAAACCAAAAUGUUACCCAGACAUACCGAUGCACACUAAAGGUUUUCUUACAAUUCUUUUUUUUUUUUUUUCUCAAUUUUCUUUAAAGGCAACGAAAAGCUACGUAAUUCAUUCACAUCUUCCAGCAGGUUCUGGCAUAACUUCUGUUUGAUGACAAAUGAAGGUUAACUGCCUGUAUUGCAAUAAAUGCUUGCUAAUAUCUCAAGUAUAUAAUGACAAUUGUUUAAUGCAGCAUGCAAGUUGAAGGCAUUAGGAAACUUCCACUGGGUUAGCCUGAUUUAAAACCAGCUCCUUGUUCUACAGUGAGUCUGGACCCCCAACUAUUGACAAAUGACGGCUUGCUGGAGGGUUGGGCUGUUAAUAAACCUGAAGUGUUGGAGUAUUUUAUUAGAUGUUCCAAUAUUUAUCUUUAAGAUAACAGUUCUCACUUUCUACUACUUGCUGGGCAAAUCUCCCUGUAAAAACUUUCACCUCAGGUGUUUAAUUUAUAUUUGAGGAACAGAGAGCUUGCUCUCACUGUUUUCAUCUUUAGUAAAAGUUAUUGAUGCUUAAUCAUGCUUUGGUAACUUAUCUGCAUUUAUUUAUUUUUUUCAUGCCUUUUUCAAAAUUUUCAGUUUCUGUCAGAUGAUUCUUACAAACCUAAAAAAUUAUUUUAAAAAGUAUUAAUCUACACUAGGGUUAAGUUGUGAACGUUAGUUUGACACCCAUUUUUCUGGUGUGUCAACUUUUCUACUACAGCUGUUUUUUUCCCCCUAUUUCGUCAUCACCUACAUCUGCCUUGAAUAUCCUGGCCUUAUUGUAAUAUUACUAAAAAAAAAAGUAUGCAAUCAUCUCUGAAGUUUUUCCAGAGCUUUAUUUCUGGAACUGUACACAAGGUAUUAAAGUACAACAGAAAAUACAAAAUAAUGUUUAACAAAAGAAAAAAACAAAACAGCAAUGUUUAUGUACAAUUCUUAUAAACAAUAAAGAUAGCUUCUUGAACAUUUCUCAUAGUGAAGUUUUUGAUUGUCUACAUUUCUGGAUAUACAUUUUUAGGUUUUGUAGGGUUUUUUAUUUUUUUUAUUCACAAAGGUGUUUUUCGGUUUUAAAGGAUGUGAAUUUUCAGUUUCAAAACACGACUGCUAUAUUCUGUUUAACUUUUAAACUUCUAAACACAAUACAAAAUAUAAAAUAAAUUUGUUUAGUGCUUUCCUGCACACACAAAUCUCAAGCCAGAGAGAUCAAUAAAAUAUCACAUUUUCGAGUUCACAGGGAGGCGAGAACCUACUCAAACUACUUAAUGGCCUUUACAUUCUGACAGUUUUUAGUCUUUGUACAAACCACAGGUGAAAUAAAUAUCACUGCACUGCUAAAGCUAGAAGAGCUUGAAGGACCUACUGCAUUAUGCACAUUGCAUUAAAAGAGAAACGAGCUCUUCGCAUACUUAGGAUCAGCAGCCAUCCCUUAACCAUCAAGACAAACAUCGACGACUAAAAAGAUUUAGGAAAGAAAGAUGAGUGUCUUUUACACAUGGCUGCAAAAACCGCAACAUUGACUAAUACCAGCACGUCUUCAGGUAAAGCCGUUUUCUGUGGCACACUAGAGAGGCAGGCGCAGCUGGCAUGCGUGGUUUCAGCUGCCGCCUGGAGUUUUUGGGUAUCGUGACUAUCCAAACAGAGAAAUGAGAUUUGAACAAGUCAAAUGUUUAAAUACACAAAAAAAAUAUAUAAUAACCCAUGACUGUACAUAUCUACAAAUUAUUGCCUUUCUGACAGAGAACCAAAUUCGAAACCUUUGUAUCAACACAAACUCACAAGUGUAAGAGGUCAGUUAAAAGGCGUUUUAAAGGCUAUUUGCUAAUUAUUUACAUGAAAUGCAGAUGUAAAGAACCUCUCUCUGAUGCUGGGCUUUCAAACUGAAUUUACAUGAUAGAACUUAGUGAUGAUCUGUGGGCGUGAAUUUGCCGUUUACACAAACAUUAUGGGAGAAAUGCAAACAUGUACUGGACCAGACUGACGUGAUGUUCCCCUGAAACAAACUAAACACUCAUAGCACGAUGCAUAGAUAAAUUAAGUAAACACUACUACUGCAUCCAAGUCACUGACGCCGAUCCGCUGAACUUUUGUUUUUGUUUUUACAAUUAUGGAAUUCAGUCAAGUACAAACCGCGCCAUUUCUGCUACGUUACUCCCAUGAAAUUGUCAAUUGGGUUUUUAAAGGCAUCUUUCGUCAGUACAGGCUAAGCAGAGGUUACGUACGCAACUCAGAGGCUUUAAAUAAACAUAACACCACCAGCAGGUUUACCGAAGCUUGCUAGUAAUGGAAAAAAAUAAAAUAAAAAUGGAGCUACUUGAUUGAGGAACAAAUUCUACCAUAUUUAACAAUAACAAGGUCAUAUACAGGUAAACCUGCCAAAGAGCAGCAUGAACAAACUUAAAAGUAUUAAAUUAAGUCUUACAAAGGUCAAAGUAUACUCAAUAAAUACAGAACUUUACUGUGUCAGUGUUUACAUGGCUAUUAACCCAAUCGAAAUCUUUGCAUUGCUAUAUUGCUGUUACAGCUCCAAAGAUUUCACAACAGGGAGAAAAGGAAAACAAUGCGACUCCGAUUACGUGAGGCUGCAAACCGUUUUCUUCACCAGCUGUUUAGAAGCACGAUGAUAAAACAACAAAUCAGGGCCAGACAUUUUGGUUUGACAUGAGGAGAGAAAAACAUUAGGAUGCUGCAAAGGUUCGCACAUGCCAAGUUAAGUCAAUUUGAACUUAAAGAUGAGAUGCACCAAGAGACUGCCUCUUUACGGUUUCACAUCAAGACAUGUUUUGUGCAUCGCACUCCUCAGGGGUUGAUGCUGUAACUGGGCGAAAAAGACUGGGAGCUAAUUAUCUUAGUAUCAACAAAGUCUUUGAAAAUUAAACUUGUAUAAUUUUCAAACACUAUGUGCAAUCUAUGUAUAAAUUAGGCUGCAAAAGAGCAAGAGAGAGCAAGACUUGAAUCGGCUAAAGUACUGUUGUUGUUUUUCCCUUUAAGUGCUGUAAGUAAGAGAACAUGCCAGAUUUGCCUUUUUGAAAACUUAAUCUACAUUCUUUAUCGAAUACAAACAAGGGCUAAGUUUUGCCUCUUCAAGACAAAAAAAACUAUAUUAAUAGGUUAAAGUGCUACAAAAAAUUGUAACAAAGAUUCUGAUUGGUGUAUCUCUAUAAACUAACUCAACUUGAAGAACCUUUGCAGCAAGUCAAAACACUUCCUGGCCUCUGAGCGAAUCUGCAUGCUAGUGUUACUUCCACUCAGGUUUUUGGAGGUGGUGGGGGGGUCAACAACACCAUCUGCACCAUUCUGAUUAAUGAAAAGUACCUGUAAACCAAACACAACUCAUAAAAAAAUAAAAUAAUUAAAUAUAAGUACCACAUCAAAUAAAGACAGGCAACUACUAACACUAGAGGCAGAAAACAAUCUGUUUUGGCAGCUGAGAAGAAUGGCAGGAUAACAGACUGUAGCGCUGAAGAUGCUUGUAUAUGUCAGGGAAGAAGAUUCACAACUC